AUAGUGACUUUCUGGAAGUUAUGAGACAUCCUAUUCUAGCAACAAAUAAAAAUAUCCUUUUACAACUAACAAAAAUGGAAGAUUGGGCUUUGGAGAAGCAUUGUCCUCUCAUUAAAGUAGAACGUAAUUAUUUUGAUUCAAUGAGCCCAACAAAUGUACAGAUACAAUAUGACGACACAUUAAAAAUUCGCUGCAUUUCUGUAACUUUCACUACGCAAACAUUUCCCAAUUUUAACAAUUUUACUUAUUAUAUGGUAUGCACAGAAAAGGAUUUGAAAUUAUCAUUACCAUUUGAAGAAAAUGGUUGGAUGAUUUUUAAUAUACAACAAACUGGAUAUUAUCGCGUUAACUAUGAUGAACAGAAUUGGCAAAGAAUUUCAACUUAUCUAAAAUCUGAUAAUUACACGAAGAUCCAUGUUCUUAAUCGUGCCCAAAUUAUCGAUGAUGCAUUUAAUUUAAUGAUAACAGGCGAACUCACAGGCGUUGUAUUCUGGAAUGUCAUACUUUAUUUGCAAAAAGAGGAAGAUUAUAUACCAUGGUAUCCUAUGUUUAAAGCUCUGGAAUACUUGUCCAGUACUUUUAUAAUGUUGAAAGAACAAAUUAAGAAUUUUACGUCUGAAGUAAGACAAAUAUUACACGAGAUACUUAAAAGAAUCAAAUAUGAAGAAAUUGAUGAUACAGACAAACUCAGAAUAUGUUUACGACAAGAAGCUGCAAGAUGGGCAUGUUUUUUCGGUGACAUCACUUGUAAGAAAGUAGCCAAUAAUAAAUUAACACAACAUCUCCAAGAUCCUGCAAAAUACAAACUUUUGCCAUGGUGGAAGGAAUGGACAUAUUGUAAAGGUUUGAUGAUAACUACCAUAAACAACACCACAUGGGAAUUAGUGUAUACUAAAGGAUUGAACAAAUCUGACUCUAAAUUUUUAAAAUACUUGGCUUGCCCCGAAAAUAUUAAUCUCAUCAAAAAUAUUUAACACUUGAACAAA